AGUCGCUGGGGGUAACGGGACCUGGGGUUGUCUUGACAACAGGGCAACCCACCGGCCUGGUCCAGCGGCGCACUGAGAGGGCGAGUUUGGAGCUGCAUCUUCCCGAAGCCAGUUUUGCCCGCCUGCUGUGGGAUACUUUAUUAACAUUUCCCACCUGUGGACUAGAAUCAUCAAGUCUAGAUUCCAUGUCUUUUCUUGUAAGUAAACCCGAACAAAUUAGGCGGUGGGUGUCCGAGAAGUUCAUCGUUGAGGGCCUGAGGGAGCUGGAACUGCUUGGAGAGCAGGCUCCAGGGGACUCUCGGAGAAAAACUAAUGAAGCAAGCUGUGAGUCGAUUGCACACUUGGCCAGAAGAGACAUCAUGAACAGUUAUUUGCCAGAUAGCAGCCUCUAUGAGUUAUUAACAGUAAUAGGGAAGGGCUUUGAGGAUCUAAUGACUGUGAAUCUAGCACGCCAUAAACCUUCAGGAGAAUUUGUCACCGUUCGGAGGAUCAACUUAGAGGCCUGCACAAAUGAAAUGGUGGCAUUUUUGCAGGAUGAACUUCACGUCUCAAAGUUCUUCAGUAACCCCAAUCUUGUGCCAUAUAAAGCUGCCUUCGUAGUCAGCAAUGAGCUUUGGGUUGUGACCUCUUUCAUGGCUUAUGGUUCUGCCAAAGAUUUAAUCUGUACCCAUUUCAUGGACGGGAUGAGUGAACUAGCUAUGGCUUAUAUCCUGCAAGGCAUAUUGAAGGCUCUUGAUUACAUACACCACAUGGGAUACGUUCACAGGAGUGUGAAGGCCAGUCAUGUCCUGAUUUCUGCAGAUGGAAAGGUGUAUCUCUCUGGCCUGCGCAGUAAUCUAAGCAUGAUCAGACACGGUCAGCGCCUCAAAGUAGUUCAUGAUUUCCCCAAGUUCAGCAUCAAGGGUCUACCAUGGCUGAGCCCGGAGGUCCUGCAGCAGAAUCUUCAAGGCUACGAUGCAAAAUCUGAUAUCUACAGUGUAGGAAUAACAGCCUGUGAACUGGCAAAUGGUCACGUCCCCUUCAAGGAUAUGCCUGUGACUCAGAUGCUUUUGGAGAAGCUAAACGGCACAGUUCCUUGUCUUCUGGACACCACAACUAUCCCUCCAGAGGAGCUGACGACGAAACCAUUACGAUCAGGAGCCAGCAUGGGGUUCAUGGAAAAUACGGCAGCCAACAACGCCAAGACCUCCAAUGGCGAUGCAGCACCACAUCCAUAUCUCCGUACCUUCUCUCCCAGCUUUCAUCACUUUGUAGAGCAGUGCCUUCAUAGGAACCCAGAACUGAGACCAAGCGCGAGUGCUUUGCUCAACCAUUCCUUUUUCAAACAGAUCAAACGCCGUCCAUCUGAAGCGCUCCCUGAACUGUUGUACCCCGUCACGCCAAUGACUAGCUUUGAAGGCCUGCAGGCGCAAGAUCCGAGCAGUAUUUCUGGUGCAGAAUCCAACCUGGAGCAGCUCAAGCUGGAUGACUGGGAGUUCUAGGUCCCCAAAGCGAGAAAACAUAUCAGAUUUAGAAGCUUUCCGCAGACUUGGUUAAUUUAUUUAACCUCUUCCUUCCUCACACCACGGCGAUGAAUGUUACAUUGCAGAAGUUUACUCAUCUUAAGGUGAUCCAGACAUCAUUGGUAUUGGAUCAGAGUCAGAAAGCAGACUAGCACCUGCAGGUAGGCGGGGCAGGAAGGAAAAUAAUCUCUGGCAGAUGGUGCUGGAGAUUCUUUCCUGCUGUGUAGUGCAGAUUAAGGCUUGAAUAGGCCCCAAAGGAGCCCAUUUCCCCUGCCAUCUCUGUGCAGUCCCAUGGUUGUCCCUGGAGGAUUUGAUAUCGUCUCCUGAUCAAGGGACAGCCAGGAGCCUGCUUCGAUAAUUCGAAAUUUACUUCCAAGACAUGGUUACCGAAAGAUUCACCAGCAGAACAUUAGUGGCUUCCUAAAGAAAAAUCGAAGAUAGCAUUUGCAAUCAACAUAUCCCAGGGACAGCUUGGUCUUCCUCUAUCCAAAACUCAUUUCCCCUCUGCCCUGAUUCUCCUGGAUACGUUUAAAACAACAUGCUAGUGUUCUGGUGCUAAAUGCAGGAACGAGUACAUCACAGAGGCCGGUCUCAAUAUUUGCUUGAUCAGAUGCAAUUUCUCGUUACUGUUGUUAUUGCUGUAGGGUAGCAUCCAUCCACUGAGCUCUCUGUGUAUACAUUUUUUUUUCCAAACUUCACCCGUAUCCCAUCUCCGGCAGAGAAUAAAGAGGAAGAAUGGAUUUGACACAGCAAGAAUUCCUGCUAUGGAAAAUCAACCGAUUCUUUCUUUACCCCCAUUCCUUCUUUUGCCUGUGUUUUUCUAGUAGUUCCUUAUUCUACACUGUUUUGCCUGCCUGAGAAGUUUCUCCCCUGCACAAACACUGGUUGAAGAUAUAAAAUUGCAGAACCUUGAAAUCUGCCCCUACAGUUCUGCUUUUACUAGGCUCUGUGUAUUAAGGCCUUUCAGGUUUUCCCCAUUUGGGCUAUGUUAUUUUAAAGUGUUUUUACUCAGUGGAGCACGGAACCGAGUCUCUUCCUGCAUCCGCCUGCCUGGAGCAGCGGCGUUGUCUACAGAACCAUGUGUUCGUGCUCACACGCGUGUGUUAAGCUGUACUUGAUCCCAAAGUCUGUUGUUCUAAUAUUGUUGCCAAAAUAAAAUUAUUUUGCACUCUC